UAUGCGUAUAUUGUGCCCUCUACUCGUAGCUCUCGUUCGUCAGUGCAAGAAAACAACGGCCAGGGGCGGGGAAUAGGAGUGCGCGGCGAGGCGAGAAUCCGGGCAGCGAUCGAUUCAAUCCAUGGCGCUGCGCGCUAGCGGACGAGCAUUCGUGAUCUUGUCUGAUCGAUGAGCGAGCUCCCCCGAGAGAGCGCUGCCGCCUUCUUGAUUCGGCUGCGGCGAGCUAGGGUAGUGUGAUCUUCGCAGCGCUCGUGAGGGCAGGGAAUGGCGGCUCGAAAAUCCGGGUCGCCGCGCGAUAUUUCGGGAUGAGGAGAAGGAAGGCGGCGCGCACGAAUCUUGCGGGAUGAGCGUCGUCGCAAGAUCAUCCGAGGCGAUGGCGCCGCUGCUGCUGCUCGCGUUCUUGGUUUGGGGGUUUUGCGGCGAGCUCGUGGCGGCGCAGGGAGGAUCGGCUCAGAGCGAUAUUGCGGCUCUCAUCGCCUUCAAGAGCAAUCUGAAUGAUCCGGAGGGAGCGCUGGCUCAAUGGAUCAACUCCACCACCGCGCCGUGCUCCUGGCGUGGGAUUUCUUGCUUGAACAACCGAGUCGUGGAGCUCCGCCUCCCUGGCCUGGAGCUGCGAGGAGCAAUCUCAGAUGAGAUCGGCAAUCUCGUGGGCCUGCGGCGAUUGAGCCUCCACUCGAAUCGAUUCAACGGCACCAUCCCAGCAUCGAUAGGCAACCUCGUGAAUCUCCGGAGCCUGGUUCUGGGUAGAAAUCUCUUCUCUGGGCCGAUUCCAGCCGGCAUUGGCAGCUUACAGGGUCUCAUGGUUCUGGACUUGUCCUCCAAUCUUCUGGGCGGAGGCAUUCCACCCCUCUUUGGCGGAUUGAGCAGCCUCCGGGUGCUCAACCUGUCAAACAACCAGCUCACAGGUGUGAUUCCUUCGCAGCUCGGGAAUUGCUCGUCACUAUCUUCGCUCGAUGUCUCGCAGAACAGAUUGAGUGGGAGCAUCCCAGACACUCUCGGCAAGCUCCUCUUCUUGGCUAGUCUCGUGCUGGGCUCCAACGAUCUCAGCGACACUGUCCCUGCGGCUCUCUCCAACUGCAGCAGCUUGUUCUCGCUGAUCCUCGGGAACAAUGCACUCUCUGGCCAGCUCCCAUCGCAGCUGGGUCGCUUGAAAAAUCUCCAGACCUUUGCUGCCUCGAACAACAGGCUUGGAGGAUUUCUUCCGGAAGGUCUCGGCAACCUCUCCAAUGUGCAAGUACUCGAGAUCGCCAACAACAACAUUACUGGUUCCAUUCCUGUUUCGUUUGGAAACUUGUUCCAACUGAAGCAGCUCAAUCUCUCGUUCAAUGGCUUAUCCGGAUCUAUUCCUUCUGGGCUUGGCCAAUGUAGGAACCUCCAACGCAUCGAUCUUCAAUCAAACCAGUUAUCAUCGUCUCUUCCCGCCCAGCUCGGCCAGCUCCAGCAGCUCCAGCAUCUUUCGCUCUCUCGCAACAACUUGACCGGACCCGUUCCAUCCGAGUUCGGUAAUCUCGCCUCUAUCAACGUUAUGCUGCUCGACGAGAACCAACUUUCGGGUGAGCUUUCCGUGCAGUUUAGUUCGUUGAGGCAGCUCACGAACUUUUCUGUUGCUGCCAACAAUCUUAGCGGCCAACUUCCAGCGUCGCUGCUACAGUCCUCUAGUCUUCAGGUGGUCAACCUCAGCAGGAAUGGUUUCUCGGGAAGUAUACCACCGGGCCUGCCGCUGGGCAGGGUCCAAGCUCUUGACUUCAGCCGGAACAACCUCUCUGGAAGUAUAGGAUUCGUUCGGGGCCAGUUUCCGGCGCUGGUGGUGCUUGAUCUUAGCAACCAGCAGCUUACCGGUGGCAUUCCUCAAAGCCUGACAGGUUUCACGCGGCUUCAGUCGCUGGAUCUGUCGAACAACUUUCUUAACGGCUCGGUUACAUCCAAAAUUGGUGAUCUGGCGAGUCUGCGGCUGCUCAACGUGAGCGGGAACACUUUCAGCGGGCAGAUCCCAUCCAGCAUUGGCUCCCUGGCGCAGCUCACGUCGUUUUCGAUGUCCAACAACUUGCUAUCGAGUGAUAUCCCUCCAGAAAUCGGCAACUGCAGCAACCUGGUUUCUAUAGAGCUCCGGAACUCGAGCGUGCGAGGAAGCUUGCCGCCUGAGCUCGGCAGACUGUCGAAGCUCCAGAAGCUGGACGUGCAUGGUAACAAGAUCGCGGGGUCCAUGCCAGCAGAGGUCGUCGGAUGCAAAGAUCUUCGCAGCCUCGACGCUGGAAGUAACCAACUUAGCGGGGCGAUUCCUCCCGAGCUAGGCCUGCUCAGGAACUUGGAGUUUCUACACCUGGAGGACAACUCACUGGCGGGUGGCAUACCUUCUCUCCUUGGCAUGCUCAACCAGCUACAAGAACUGGAUCUCUCCGGCAACAAUCUCACCGGCAAGAUCCCACAGUCACUCGGAAACCUCACUCGCCUCAGAGUGUUCAACGUCUCUGGGAACAGCUUGGAAGGCGUCAUCCCUGGAGAACUUGGAAGUCAGUUCGGCUCGAGUUCCUUCGCCGGGAAUCCAUCGCUGUGUGGAGCCCCGCUUCAGGACUGCCCGAGGAGGCGAAAGAUGCUGAGGCUGAGCAAGCAGGCGGUGAUCGGAAUAGCAGUGGGAGUCGGGGUGCUGUGCCUGGUACUCGCCACUGUCGUCUGCUUCUUCGCGAUACUUCUCCUCGCCAAGAAACGCUCCGCGGCACCUCGGCCUCUAGAGCUGUCCGAGCCGGAGGAGAAGCUGGUCAUGUUCUACAGCCCGAUCCCAUACUCGGGCGUCCUGGAAGCAACCGGCCAGUUCGACGAGGAGCACGUCCUGAGCAGGACGCGCUACGGGAUCGUCUUCAAGGCCUGCCUCCAAGACGGGACGGUGCUCUCGAUCCGCCGGCUCCCAGACGGCGUGAUCGAGGAGAGCCUGUUCCGGAGCGAGGCCGAGAAAGUUGGCCGGGUUAAACACAAGAACUUGGCGGUGCUGCGCGGCUACUACAUCCGCGGCGACGUCAAGCUCCUCGUCUACGACUACAUGCCAAACGGGAACCUGGCGGCGCUGCUCCAGGAGGCGUCGCACCAAGACGGUCACGUCCUCAACUGGCCGAUGCGGCACUUGAUCGCGCUGGGCGUAGCUCGGGGCCUCUCCUUCCUCCACACGCAGGAGCCUCCCAUCGUCCACGGCGACGUCAAGCCCAGCAACGUCCUCUUCGACGCCGACUUUGAGGCACACCUCUCGGACUUUGGCCUCGAGGCCAUGGCGGUGACUCCGAUGGAUCCCUCCACUUCUUCGACCACGCCGCUGGGAUCGCUCGGCUACGUCUCGCCGGAAGCAACCGUCUCGGGCCAGCUGACGCGCGAGUCGGACGUUUACAGCUUUGGGAUCGUGCUGCUGGAGCUGCUAACGGGGAGGCGGCCGGUGAUGUUCACGCAGGACGAGGAUAUCGUCAAGUGGGUGAAGCGGCAGCUCCAGAGUGGGCCGAUCUCGGAGCUGUUUGAUCCGAGCUUGCUGGAGUUGGAUCCAGAGUCGGCCGAGUGGGAGGAGUUUUUGCUGGCCGUCAAGGUGGCGCUGCUGUGCACUGCUCCGGAUCCUAUUGACAGGCCGGCCAUGACGGAGGUGGUGUUUAUGCUCGAGGGGUGUAGAGUCGGCCCGGAGAUUCCCACUUCUUCGUCGGAUCCAACUUCGCAUACGUCGCCAGUUUGAUGGAUCGAUCUGAUCAAGCAGGCAACAGAAACAGCAAUGAAGAACAAGGAAGAUUCAAGUGACUUUGAUUGAUUUUUUUUCUUUUCUUUUCUAGAGGUAGCACUAACCAGUGGAGUUGAUCAAAUCUCUUUUGUAAAACAUCUGACUUGGGCCAAAGGAUUUAAGCAUGGCAAAUUCUCAUUUUAAACAAGCAAAAAGUGUUCAUCUCA